GAGAUGUUCUAGACAACGUUGUUCUUUCAGCUUUGGGUAGAAAACCUCAUAGAGUUGUGAUGCUCGGGUGUCCACAUACUUUUGGCCAGCAGUGCAGUGUAUAUUAGAACGAUGCCGUUUAUGUUUAUGAUGUUUUCACGUGAUAUAGUGGAGAGACAACGUGUGGAUGUUUACUACAAGCUGGCUGCAUCACACCUUCCGACACACCACUGUAUCUCCUCGCGUUCUAUUUUUGGUCGGCCAAAUGACCCCAAAUGAGAUGAGUCUGUCUGGGAUUUCUUAAAGGGAUACCAUGCAGCUGGAUCUCUCUGGAGCUAAGCGAGCAUUUCUCUUCCACAUGUUCGCCUUCUUCAUACGGUGAAGAUGGAGAUUUUGCCUCGCGAAUACACUCAUGUUGGUCCUUGAAAAAGAUUUUUCAGGGGAAUGCAGUCAGCUACAGAGGAGAACAGUUGUGAUGGCACCUCAGGUGUGCCUACGGGUCCGGUGGUGCAGGUGUGUUUCCCCAACGUGCAGACAUGUGUGCUGGACAGCCUUAAUCGACAGCGUGAGGACGGCCAGCUGUGUGACCUCUCCAUACACGUGCAGGGACACGUCUUUAAAGCCCAUCGCUGCGUGUUAGCUGCUUCCUCACCGUACUUCCAUGACCAGGUGCUACUGAAGAACAUGUCCACAGUGUCCAUCCCUGCCGUAAUGGACCCGCUGGCGUUUGAGAGAGUCCUGCGCUGUGCCUACACUGGCCAGCUGCAAAUGCUUCGUGAAGACAUCGUCAACUACCUCACCAUUGGGAGCGUGCUCCAGAUGUGGCACAUCGUGGACAAGUGCACGGAACUACUCCGAGAGGACAAGGGAGGUUCGUCUGGACCGCAGGGUGUAGCUCCAUCCUCAGAGAGCGCCCAGUGCAGCAGGGAUUCCUACGCAGGAGAAGGACACGCACAGUCUGUGGCUCCGCCUCUGACUCGUCCCUCGCUGAUCGAGAGUCAGUCUCCCAGCAGCACAAACUACUUCAGCCCCAAAGACGCUAGUUUCGGCGGAGCAAUGGCGAGUACGGGAACGGUGGGAGACGGAGGCAUGCAUUCCACUCCCAACUACUGCAUGCCGUCCAGUCAAGAGGAUGCUUUCCUGAUCGACGAGGAGGAGGAAGAGGACGAGGAGCUCGUGUACCCGAGGAAACAGGAACAGGGUAGUGGCAGGAGGAAGAAACCUACUCUCGCCUCCGAUCAGGAAAUGGGAGUGAGCGACAGCUUCGGCGUUUCCUCCUACCAGGAUCUCGAGUCGUCUCCGCCGCAGAAGCGUCCCAUGUACAGCCAGCCGAGCAUCAUGCCUCGGAAACAGUGGGUGGUGGUGAAAACCGAACGCUCCAGGGACGACGACUUCAUCGUGGUGUCUGGAGAAGAAGGAGGUGAAAACGAAGAUGAGCAGGAGCUAGAGCUCACCAAGGAGAGAGAAAGGGAGAGGACAUUUAAUAUUUCUAAUGUCAGGACUCUUUCUGCAGACCUCAGCAGCAGGGAUGACAUGGAAGCACAGGUUGACUACUGCCAAUCACCGGAAGACUACCUCAAGGUCGAAAGCGGUUUGAUGGACCAAGCGUCGUCACAGCACUCUCUGGAGAACCCGAGCCAGAGUGGCAGUCGAGCAGUCAAUGCGUUACUGAGCUCGGUCCAGUCAGCCGCUGCCAGAACACAGCUCUUCCCACUGGACAUGCAAGGAAACCAGAUUCUUCUCUACAACCAAUCUUCUCCUACCGUCGGCCUCCAAGAAGCUUUACCCGGGGUGUCGUUAAAAGGAGCUUCGGAGCACGGAACGGUCCACUUGCCUGGGCAGGGUGGAAUGGACGGCGGAUUAGACGGGUUAGAUGGAAACGGAGCUGGCACUGCGGGUAAAGUCUUUAUGUGCCACUGUGGCAAAAGGUUCACUCACAAGAGCAUGCGAGAUCGCCACAUCAACAUGCACCUUGACCUGCGGCCUUUCCACUGCCCGGUGUGCUCCAAGAAGUUCAAGAUGAAGCACCACCUCACAGAGCACAUGAAGACACACACGGGCCUGAAGCCCUACGACUGCCUCAGCUGCGGGAAAAAGUUCAUGUGGCGUGACAGCUUCAUGCGGCAUCGCUCUCACUGCGAAAGGCACGGCGGUACUAACGAGGCGCAAGGUUCGGAAGGGUCAGUGAUUUCCCCUCAGAACCAUCUUCAGCUCCAGCCUUCGGGCAACAAAGGGACUCAAGGCAGCGCUGGAGGCAGGAGUGGAGUCCCAGUGAUGUCUCCACACCACUCCAGCAGCAGUAGCAGCAGUAGCAGCAGUAGAAGUGGCUUGAGCAUGGCGGUCCCCGGAUCCCUUUUAGGGGUAAAUCCCCAAAGUGGACUGUACGGCCACGGCGCCGGUGUCCUCGGGCUGGAUGUGAGCCAGAGCGAAUGUGGGGAUGAUAUCAGUGAGGUCUGUAUCGGCGAAAACAGCAUCACUUAAAGCAAAACAUCGCCACGUGGGAUCACGUGUACAGUCGUCCGAUUGUGAUAUUGUCCGUCAGCAUGAUUCAUGUAACAAGAUAGGAAAGAAAUAAUCCAUCAGUCUUAGAGCAUUUAGUGUCUGUCCAUCUAGUAAGAGAACUUUUUAUUAUUUUGGUGCAUUAAUGUAAAAUCCACCUGAUGUUCUAAUUUAGAAAUUAAAAAAUGAUCUUUUAGAUAAUUUGGACAUAAAAAGAAAAAAGUAUAGAAACCAUUCCUGAGUAUUUUUGCAGGGCAGCACAUCACAUGACCUCAGAGCGGGAAAAUCACAUCUGGAAUCUGCAGCAGGUCUCAGGUACUAGUGUCUCACGCUCUAACGGGAAAAUAAUCAAUAACCGUCUGAUAUUAAGCGAGAGAAUAUCCUUUAUUUUCCUGUUACAUCACAUCCGCAAGAGUUUUAUUCUUUUAUUCCACAGCAACUUGCCAAUAAUGACAUUUUAAAAAAAUGUAUUAAACAAUGAACAAUAGCCAGACUAAAACAGUCUAAUCUAGACUACAAGAGUCUAAUCCAGACUAAAGCAGCCUAAUCCAGACUAAAGCAGCCUAAUCCAGACUAAAACAGUCUAAUCCAGACUAGAACAGUCUAAUCCAGAUUUAAACAAGGUAAUCCAGACUAAAACAGUCUAAUCCAGACUAAAACAGUCUAAUCCAGACUAGAACAGUCUAAUCCAGAUUUAAACAAGGUAAUCCAGACUAAAACAGUCUAAUCCAGACUAAAAUAGUCUAAUCUAGACUACAAGAGUCUAAUCCAGACUAAAACAGUCUAAUCCAGAUUUAAACAAGGUAAUCCAGACUAAAGCAGCCUAAUCCAGACUAAAGCAGCCUAAUCCAGACUAAAACAGUCUAAUCCAGAUUUAAACAAGGUAAUCCAGACUAAAGCAGCCUAAUCCAGACUAAAACAGUCUAAUCCAGACUGAAACAGUCUAAUCCAGACUAAAACAGUCCAAUCCAGAUUUAAACAAGGUAAUCCAGACUAAAACAGUCUAAUCCAGACUAAAGCAGCCUAAUCCAGACUAAAACAGUCUAAUCCAGACUGAAACAGUCCAAUCCAGAUUUAAACAAGGUAAUCCAGACUAAAACAGUCUAAUCCAGACUAAAGCAGCCUAAUCCAGACUAAAACAGUCUAAUCCAGACUGAAACAGUCUAAUCCAGACUAAAACAGUCCAAUCCAGUCUACAAGAGUCUAAUCCAGACUAAAACAAAACAAUGUAAUCCAGACUAAAACAGUCUAAAGCAGUUUAAUCCAGUCUAAAGCAAUGUAAUCCAGACUAAAACAGUCCAAUCCAGUCUACAAGAGUCCAAUCCAGACUAAAAGUGUCAAAUCCAGUCUAAAUCCUGUCAGUGCCAAUCACAGCCUUUGAUCUGAUGAUGCUGCAGACGGUCAGCCCUAAUGCCGUAUAACAAGAGGACGAAUAUAAUAAUUUUAUCUGCUAUUUUAAUUUGCUGUGACCUCAAGCGGUACUCGAGUCUCGAGCCGGUACGUUAAAAGGUUUUUUUUUUUUCUUUUCAGUCUUUAAACACUUUAAGCACUUGCCUUUAAGCUCCUGAAAGUAAUCCGUGAUAGAAAAUACAGACUGAAGAAAAUAUCUGUUUUAAAAUUUGAAGAUUUCAAUAGAUUUCCACUUAAAGACACGUUUGUUUAAAAUUGUGGCCAAACAAAAUUUGGACGAAAAAAAACGGUUCUAGUGUGAUCAGUGGUCAGUGUGAAUGACCACGGGUUAAUAGUUUAAACACGGAAUUCUAGACGGAUCAGUCUUCUGUGAAGCCCUGAAAUGAGGAGACUGGAGUAUAAAACCGAACGGUACACUGGGAAAUUGGGAUCGUCCAUCUGCACCAGUUGCCAGUUGAUUCCACACAGGUCAUCAUCAGUCCUCCUCCCUUUCACAGCCUGCCCUCAGACAUGCCCCAUGCUGCCACAACACCUUUCUGACCUGAAGUACGUCCACUCAUUCUCACAUUCCACUGUUUUUAUGAUCUAAGUGACCCGAGUUGCUACGUUUAUUUUUAUCAGCCUGAGACGUACGUUUUAAGAGACUUGUACAGUUUUAUCUGUUACCUACGUAUAGUGUUAAGCCAUCCACCUGGCUUUCUUAACACUUCUCUAAUAUCUUCACGUCAUCAGAAACAUCAGAAUUUCUCACUUUGUGAGCUUUUUUUUAAAUUUAAUUUUAUUUUAUUGUCCUUUAAAAAAAAGGAGAAGGAACAGAUUCACUGCAUUCCAAAAUCCUAUGUGAACUUUACCGAGUUGUAUAAUAAUGCAGAACUGAUGAAAUGAAAUAAGGAGUAAUCGAAGAGUUACGACUUCUGACUUUAAUUCUGAAAGGUUUGCCUUCUGUGAAGGCUGUCGAAAUGAUUUGCCAUGUUUUGAAAUGGACUUGUAGCACUUUUGAAGUUUAAUGAAUGUGGAUUUUACAAGUAAUUUGUGUAGAAAUCGGAUCAUUUCAGUACACUGACUUAACACUCAGCCUCUUCUCCAUGUCAAGGAUGGUUUUAACCCAGUGUGUGUUAAAUGGACCAAAAUCCUGUUACACAUUUGUCAACAAUAAAGAUUCACUGGAAAAAAA